CUAGAUUGGGAAAGUCGGGCCUGUUCCGGAUGCACCGAGUGGCUGGGCCAACGCCAAGACGGAGCCCUGAUAAGAAAGAAAACAACCGCAAGAAACGACAGAGUAACCUUGCUCAGUUACAUCGAAAACACGUAAGAGGAGGCGUAGUAUACACCCAGGUAAUGCGAAAGAUUUCCACCACGAGAGGCAAGAUCCCAUGUAAGUUCCCAACCCCAGACUUGAGCUAAGCUGUUCCUAAUUAUAGACUCUGAGUAGACAGUACCGAGCCUGAACCCGAACCCAAAACUUCACGCGCCCUAUGCGCCCUAUCGUAGUAGUAGGUAUUCAGUGGAGUGAUGGAGUAAGGACAGUGUGACAGUAUGAAAGCCCAAACGGCCCUCACGUCUUAACCACGACCGCUCGCGUCUCUAAAGAAGACUUCGAUGUAGAACGCGUAUUAAGUCAUGCCAUUAUAGCUGAACCUGCGGUUAUGAAAUAAGUCAAGAGCCCAUUUUGUCGUAUUCGUCGCAAGUCAUCCCCUCUCCCUCCUCCCUCUUUUUCUGCUGUCUACCAAGCCGGCUGCAUUUCUGUCGCCGUCGAAACCAUGGCUGCACAAGUGAUCUCGGUCUCCCAGGCAUCGCAAAUGCCGUCGCCGCUGGCCCACGAGAUUACUAUCGGCGAUGCGCUAGUGUCGGAUGCCGCCGCGAUAGCCCUAAUCGGCGCCAAUACCUUUACCGCGACCUUCGGAUUCUCGGUGCCAGCGAACGACCUCGCCGACUUUCUGGCGGAAACGUACUCGCCUGAGGCCAUCGAGACGGACAUACGCGAGUCGCAGAAGACCAACAUCAGCACUUUCGUCGCCCGCGACCGCGCUGGCGCCGUCUUGGGCUUUGUGCAGCUGGUCCGCGGCGAGACCGACCCGAGCUUGUCGGGCGACGCGUCGUCGCACGCUGAGAUGCGGAGGCUGUACGUCGAUACAGCCGCACACGGCCGCGGCAUCGGGUCCAAGCUCAUCGCCGCGGUCGAGAGCCGGGCGAAGGCGGACGGCUUCCAGCUGCUGUGGUUGACGGUGUGGGAGGACAACAAGAGCGCCCAGCGGCUUUAUCAGAGACUCGGCUACAGGAAAGCGGGCGAGACGGAAUUCGCUACGGGCGAAUGCAUACAGACAGAUUACGUGCUUACGAAAGAUCUAUAGAUCUAUGAAUUCCUUGCGAAAGGGAGGAGAGAGUAAAAGUUAAAUUUCAGCCUGGAGUUCUACUAACAGGGGAAGGAAGGAAGUAUAUUUAACGCCACGUGCUCUACUAACAGGGGGUUUAAGGGGCUAUUAGGGACCAUUAGGGAGAGAAUUAAAAGAAGGCGUGCCUAAGCCCAAGGAGUUGGGGGAUAUAGCCAUUGCUACGGAGUCGCAUAGCUGCAACUAGGAAAAAACUCUACUUUUCGGUACGUACACCCUAAGGGUAUAGUAGGUAGGAAGGUACAGGUUAAAUAUUUAAUUAUACGUAGGGAAGGAGCUAUCCUCUGGUUAGAUCGGCUAAUAGGUAGAUCUUAACCUAAAAAAAACUAGCGUUUCUCUAUCCCCCUU